CUAUGCAACAGUAAAGAGUUCUGGAGUUCAGACAUAGACCAAUGUGUAUCCUGCUCAACAUGCAAGCAGUAUCCAAAGACUCCUUCAUGUAACACUUGUAAGUUAAAUUAUUAGCUAAGGAACAUUCAACCUUAUCUUACAACUAAAUCUUGCAAAUAACCAAUGCUUUAUUGUAUGCCUAAAACUGUCCUCUUCGACCAAUAUGUCCCCUUUCAGGCACAUUUACAGAGGAGAGAUCUGAUGGCUGGAGACUGGCAGCCAUUUCCAGCUUCUCUGUGCUGGCAGUCGUUCUGGUCGCUGCAGGAUUGAUCAUUGGGGUCAUGUUGCAUCGACGCACAGCAAACAAUAGGCCCCUUCGUGGUAGGGCUCACGGAUACCAUCUCCUGAUAAACUAACAUUGUCAGUCAUUAAACUUAUUGUAGCAUGAUGAUAGAGGCACACAUUUCUUUGUAGCAUUUUGACACAUUGAGCUCUUUAGGUUCUGGUGAAAAUACAGUACAAAUGUUCUGCAUUUUCUUGUUGUUCUGCAGAACCUAUUGAAGAGACAACGGGACCUCUUUACCAAGCU